AUGCCCAAACGAAUCCCUACCCCCGAACCCGGUGACGACGAGCCGAAGUACUACACGGUCGUCCAACCAUACCCGCUUAAUGCCAACUGGGAGCUUCCCCAUGAUUACAUAACCUGUGGGCGUUGGGUCGCGUCGUGCCUUGGCAGCCCUCAACCAUUUUUUGCCUUGUUCUACAAACCGAGCGCUCGUGGUCAAAUCUUGCUCGAAAUCAAUCGCGACUAUGCGUGCCCCGAAAAGCUCCUUGGCGAGCAUCGCUGGAGCGAGUUUCUGCGUGGACCAACAGAGGAAGAAGCUGGUCGUGUCACUCAGAUAUUCUACUCGACGUAUAGCCAUGGGCGAGCUGCACAAAAGGAUGGAUGGAAGCGCAUCAACGUCGCUGACUCGUGGUUCAAAAACUGGUCUUCCGAGAAUCCCGUUAUGGCCUACCCUUAUCCACCAACAAAAUGGUGUCCACUUCCGCCAGAAGACAAGACCAACAAACCAAUGUGCCGUCCGCUACCAGUCUCUCUCAAGCCUCCCCCACAGGCUUCAGCUCCUCCUCCUCCUCCCAUCGGCACGUUACUCGCACUUUCUCUCCUUCCCGGUUCCGCUGCUUGGCAUGACAAGAAGACUGCCCCAACACCCAAUUCACCUGCUAUUCUUCGUGGCGCAUGGGCAGCUAAGCAGAUCGCGAUCCAAAAAACCGCAAAGAACAUCCCGAGCACUUCAACUGCUCCGUGGCAUAAACCGACCGCACCCAAAGCAAUCGACGUUGUUGCGCAACCUCCCGGCCUCGAAAUGCCAACUCUUUCUAGUAGCAGCACAAGUACCGCCAGCUCGCAUUCAAGUGAAAAUCAGUAUGAUGUCGUGGUCACGGAGAUGGCCACUAUUUCUAUGUCGCCCAGCCAGGAAGCACGCCUCUACAACGAAGCAAGUCCUGUGGUCGUUGAAGCCCACGAAUAUAUUGCCGAAUGGGAAAAGACGGCGCUCGUUACAACUUGGACGAGCAAGGCCACGCCGCUUGUUGCAACCCCAGAAGAAGAAGAAAAUUUGUGGGGUGAGGAGGACGAUAUUGAGCAGAAGAAGAAGCAAACACAGGAGAUUCUGUGCACUGUCCAUGGGAUCAUAUGCAAGAAGGGUAUCUGCCAGGAGUAUUCGCGCUUGUUGAAACAGAAGGAAAGAGAAGAAAGAAGCAAGAAGGCGAGCAGCAACAAUAGAACCAACAACAACAACAAGGGUAGCUGGAAGAAGCAUGCGUGGGACGACGACUCGGCAUCGACUGGGAGCGAGAGUCAGUCCCGUUCGACAAGCAACGAUGGAUGGUCGACUGUUCGCAGUCGUCGUUAA